UUCCUUUCUGACGGGACCAGGUUAGACCAUCACCCGAGAGAAUCAUGGGGAACUGUUGUGACAUGUUUGUGCAACAAAAAAAUACCAACCUUCGGCUAAGGCUCCCCGCAGUCGCCUUUGUAUGGGAAAUAGCCAUGAUCAUCCUUUUCGGUGUGUUCAUCCGUUACAACGAGGAGGCUGAUACACACUGGGUUGAGUUCAAAAAGGUGCACAACAUAACAUCGGACUCUGAGAAUGACUUCUACUUCAGAUACCCGAGUUUCCAGGACGUGCAUGUGAUGAUCUUUGUGGGUUUCGGCUUCCUCAUGACCUUUCUGAAGCGCUACAGCUUCGGUGCCGUGGGCUUCAACUUUCUGGUCGCUGCAUUCGGCAUUCAGUGGGCUCUGCUGAUGCAAGGCUGGUUCCACUCCCUCGACUACACAGACGGGAAGAUCAAAAUCGGGGUGGAAAACCUCAUCAAUGCCGACUUCUGCGUUGCCGGAUGCCUGAUUGCUUAUGGGGCGGUGCUGGGGAAGGUCAGUCCUGUCCAGUUGCUGCUCAUGACCCUGUUUGGCGUCACCCUGUUUGCAGUGGAGGAAUACAUCAUUCUUAAUCUCAUCCAUGCCAAGGAUGCUGGUGGCUCCAUGGUCAUCCACACAUUUGGGGGUUACUAUGGUCUGUCCGUCUCUUGGGUCCUGUAUCGACCCAACUUAGACCAGAGCAAACGCCUGCAGUGUUCAGCCUACCACUCAGAUGUGUUCGCCAUGGUUGGUACACUCUUCCUAUGGAUGUUCUGGCCUAGUUUCAACUCGGCCAUCACUGACCACGGGGACGGCCAGCACAGGGCAGCCAUUAACACCUACUUGGCUCUGGCCUCCACAGUCCUCACCACCUUUGCCAUGUCGAGCCUGUUUGAGAAGAAGGGCAAGCUGGAUAUGGUGCACAUACAGAAUUCAACAUUGGCUGGUGGUGUUGCCGUGGGAACAGCCGCGGAGUUCAUGCUGACUCCCUACGGUUCCCUGAUUGUUGGCUUCUGCUGUGGCAUCCUCUCCACGCUUGGCUACAUUUUCAUCACACCAUUCAUUGAGAGGAAGCUGAGGAUUCAGGACACCUGUGGCAUUCACAACUUGCAUGCCAUGCCAGGCGUCAUCGGUGGCAUCGUAGGAGCCAUUACGGCUGCUGCUGCCAGCAAAGAAGUCUACGGCGAAGAAGGGCUGAUCAACACCUUUGACUUUGUGGGGCCGUUCAAAGACCGGACUCCCAGGAUUCAGGGGGGGUACCAGGCAGCUGGAUUGUGCGUGGCCAUUGCCUUCGGGGUUGGAGGAGGAAUCCUUGUCGGUAUGAUCCUGAAACUGCCCAUCUGGGGAGACCCGGCAGACGAGAACUGCUUUAAUGAUGAAAUCUACUGGGAGGUUCCUGAAGAUGAGGAGAGCAUUCCUCCUGUUCUUGAAUACAACAACCACAUAAUGAAUAAGCACCAGGGCAUGUCUGCAUCAAACUUCUCUGUGGAGCAGAGCUAGUGGGGUAGCUGGACCACACCCCCUCUGGCUGGACCACAUUGCCUGUGUCCCUCACUGAGAAGAAACGGAAGGACGGACAUUAUAGAAAGCAAAACAAGUUUUUUUAAAUAUGUAUAUAUACACACUCAUGAGUAUGUAAAUAUGAAUAUGAAUAUUUAAUAUCAAUACUGAAUUUAAAUAUAAUUCAGGCUGUUGUUUCUACUCACAUGCUCUAAAUGAAGGUUUUAAAAUUAUUUUGUAAAAUACAAUUGUGAUAACUUCUAGCACUUUUCGCUUUGUCAUUACACACACACACACACACACACACACACACAUUCAUAUUUUUGGAGACUGGGUAACAAUUAUUGGCUGCAAUUAGAUAUUUUGUAUUAAUUUCUCAUCUUUCUGUAUUGAUGACCUGAAUGGAUUUAUAGCAUCCAACAAAUUGAGUAUUUACUCUGAGUACUGUGACAUUUGUGUGUUUGUUAAGAUAAUGCAUAGUGGUAUAUAUGUGAAAUAUAACUUAUAAUUUAAAUCCAUGGCCAAAGGUGAUUUUUAAACAUCCCAAUAGACUUUAUUUAAAAUAUUAUCACAUAAAUACAUGCUCUUAUUCCAAUAUUUCUAAUCAUUUUGCCCUUAUUUGCCAAUUGAUUUAUUAUACAUUUUAGUGAUAUAUUGUGAUAAUCAGCCAUUUCUUCUUUCCAUCUCAACCCAAUGGCACUUUUUUGUUGUACGUUUUGUUUUUGUAAUUCAAACUCUGUGUUGACAUUUGGCAUUAUGUCUAUGCAAUGUUAAUGUGGAAAAAAUAGCAAUCUCCCUGUGGACACUUUUAUUCAUUUGUAAAAAAAUAAAAUAUGUAAUAUGUUUGUUCAGAUUAA